AUGGCCACAGAGCCUGUUGCUUGCACAGAACAGGGUGCUAUACUUCGCGAUGGGGGCAGUGCCAUCGGGCGUGUGGCUAAGUUUGUUGCAGCAGUGGCAUUUGUGAUCGUGGACUUUUAUGUAGCUGAGGGGCUGCCUCAACGUCGACCGGUACGUUGGCAGCCGGGCCGUUCGGCUGUCUACUCUCCCGGCAGCAGACGCAUUAACGAAAUACUUUGUGGUUUAGACUGCGGCUUAGAGGGUCUUUGCGAUAACACAGAGGGUAUGCCCAGAUGUUUAUGUCCUUUUGGCAAAAAUGGCAAUGACUGCUUGGAAGAUGUUAAAGUACGUGUACCAAAAUUUUCUACAUAUUCAUGGCUAGCAUUUCCGGCCUUAAGAGGAGCUUACAAACAUGUGCAGCUACGGAUAGAAUUUCGACCUGAAUCCUUUGAUGGUAUUAUACUCUUGAGCGGUGAACGAGAUGAUUUAACAGGUGAUUUUAUGGCUUUACUCUUAAACAAAGGAUUCAUCGAGUUCUGGUUCGAUUGUGGCAGCGGUGUUGAUAAUGUACGUUCACGUGAAACAAUUCUACUAAAUGAAUGGAAUUCGGUUAUAAUCUAUCGCCAUCGUUGGGAUGCCUGGCUGGUAUUAAAUCAUGGCACUAAAGUUCAAGGACGUUCAAAUGGUUUGUUUUCACGCAUCACUUUUCGUGAACCGGUAUUUUUGAGUGGCACGGGCAACAUAACCGGUUUAACUAAACAUUUACCUAUUUCAAAUGGCUUUGCUGGUUGCAUACACCGUUUUGUGGCUAAUGCUCACGAUUAUAAAUUUGAAGAACAUCCUUUAGGUGAUGUCAGCAAAGGAUUUGAUAUACAGGAUUGCGUUACUGACAAAUGCUUUAAAUAUCCUUGUCAACAUGGCGGUAAAUGUUUACCUUCCGAUCAAGUAGCGAUGUGUUUGUGUCCUAUAGGUUUUGUAGGUGAUUUAUGUGAAAUUCGCAUGGAUUUACAGGUUCCUUCCUUUAAUGGUUCCUCAUUUUUGGGUUAUGCUCCUUUAGGCGAUAGUGCCUUAAUAUGGUUGGAAUUAAAGGUAAUUUUAAAGCCAGAGCAAGCGGAUGGUUUGAUUUUAUAUUCGGGCGCUAAACGUUUGAGUAAUGGUUUUGUCGAGUUCAUCUUUGAUUUGGGCAGUGGCCCAGCGGUGAUCGAUCAACUACCUGAAAUCAUGAUAGUAUCUUCAAAUGGUUUUUGGCAUCUUUCUUUGCCGGAAAAUCUUUUCGUUGGUGGUGUUAAUCAUUUCGACAAAUUGCCUUUACAUUUAAAAAGCAAACCUUUUCUUGUGGGUUGUAUACAACGUAUUGAGAUAAAUGGCCACUCGUUGGCAAUUAUAUCUGAAGCAUUGGGCGGCACUAACAUAAGCAAUUGUCCUCAUGUCUGUGUGGCGCGACCCUGUGGCCCCCUAGCAGAGUGUAUACCGCAGAUGGAAAGUUAUGAGUGUCGUUGUAACAACUACAACACGCAGUGCAAUAGAGAGGCAGAAUUAUCCUUCAAUAGAUUACGUAUUUGCAGCAUAAAACCGCACAGAGAACAAUGCCAAUCGCCAAAGCAACAGCAACAACAACAAGAACUACUACUACUACUGCUGCUAAAACAAAGGCCUGUUUUGCUCACGAUGAUGAUAAUGUUAAUAAGAGCAAUGACGGCACUGCUGGCCACUAUACCAACGCAGACAACAGCACUUACAAACGACACUAUUGAAUCAAUAAAUUGGCAAGCAUUGCAAAGCUUAGAUUUAAUAACACUUAGCGAUUCCCAAGACCAAGAUAAGGAGGAGCAAGGACGCGAAGACAAUAAAGACAUGAGUGAAGAAGAUGAAGAUUCUGAUGAAAUUGAAGAUGAUAUCAUAUUUGAGAACGUUAAGGCAAUACGUGAACGUUUACAGGAGGAGCGAGAAAAAAAGCAGCAAGAACAACAACAACAGUAUAAUUACGAUGAGAAAAAUGCACAACGAAUUGGAGAGAACAAACACAAGCACCGAGCAACGAAUCAUCAUCAAAGCAAAAGCUUACACAAACAACAUUAUCAUCGUUUUCACCACAAUCACAAAACAACUUUGGGGGAUAAAACUCAGCAUAAGCUAAGUCGUUUGCCAACCCAUUAUGAAAGUUUUCAAGCUAAUACCGGUAUUGACAUAUUGACUUUUGAUGAUCCUAUAAUGGUGGAAGACCAGCUUAGAGUAUUAGCUCCAACGAAAACAGACGAGGCAGAGUAUGACGAAAUUGAUGAUGAUAAUGAUGACAAAUAUCAGCAAAAGACAUUUGUUAUGGAUGCUUCACUGUUUAAUGCUAGCGAUGGCACCGAAGAAUAUCAACGCAAACAAUUUGCUCAGGACAUGAAAAUUAUGGCAAACACAAAAGGGCCCUAUGUACCGAAAAUGCCCCAGUUAGUAAUCAGCGAAUAUGAUUAUAGCGAGGAAUUAGAUCUGACCAAACAAAACGAUAGCGAUAGUAAUGAUAACGACAACAAAGAAGAAAGCAAUGCCAAUGAUGGAGUAGUUGUCGAUAAUCUGAAACUUAUAGACGUCGACUAUACGGCCAUAACACCGAAAUUGUUAGAUGAGAACAGAAAACCAACAACCAGUAUAACGACAAGUACACAAACUCAAACUGACUGGAGCUUACUUAGCAAAUUCGAUUUGGCCUCCGAUCAACCACAUCAUACUAUUGGAGUCCGCAAAAAUUUUGGUGCUUGUUUUGCCGGACGCGACAGCUAUUUCCAUUACAACGAUGCCGAAACGAUCAGCCAGAUCAUUAGCUAUACAAUUGAUUUGAAUUUGCGCAUCAAAACUCGAUCAGACAAUGGAGUAAUCUUAUGGACCGGUAAAGUGGGAUCAACAGAUCGCGAUAAGGAUGAUUAUCUAUCUUUGGGCAUUGAAAAUGGGUGGAAUGCCAGACGUUCAAUAUUUUACCAGGCAACGCUACGUCAGCGGCAUUGUGGGUUGCAUAUCAGAAAUCGUCUUAGCCGGUGAAUUAAAGAUGAAUUUCGAUCCAAAUACACUGGGCACAGCGCACAAUGUAGAAACAGGUUUACUCUGAAAUGGUCUGCCAGCAAUACUUAUAUCCUGAUAUUAGAAUAGAGACUAGAAUCUAGAAAACAACGUAUUCAUUGUUUAAUGAAACAAUAAAAACAACAACAACUACAAUAACAAUAAUAAUUUCCGGAAUUAGGAGCAAAAACGUGGUAAAAAAAAAAUUAAAGCAAAGAUGAAAUAUUUUUCAGUAACUACUGUGUUUGUAUAAAGACGCUUUUAUUAAAAUGAAAAAAAAAAAAACAAAAUUUAGAGAACACAAAUUUUAUAUAAUAAGAAGAAAA